UUCGUCAGUCCUAGGCCUACUCGAUCGGGUGCAGGUACCUUGUCCUUUGUCGUGUGUGAAUCUGACCGGAAGUCGACCUGAGUUGAUAACAAUUUCACAGUCCAUUCAGGCAGUUAAUUAGGCAGUUCGAUUGCUUCCUUAUUGCUUCAGGCGCGGUGCAGUGAACAAGUCGCGAGUGGUUCAGGAAGUUACUGUGCGGAGACGGCGGAUUAGAAGGAUAAUUGCCAUAUCCCGGAUAGUCGCGAGUGUUGUAAUGAAUCUAAAUUGUGCCAUUUUGUGAUAACAGCAUCAAUCUGGGUAGCCCGUAUAUCAAUGUGGCGGGCUCUGAUAGCCCAAAACUGAGUGGACUUUCGCAUCAUCUCGCCUCGAAUUUUGUGUCGAACGCGGCGGCGGCGGCCAGCAAACCGUUCCCCGGCUUCCCAUUGCAACCUGCGUCCGCCUUCAAUUUCGCAGCGUUUAGAUCGCCCGGCACCGGAAGCGGAAUAAUCAACCCUAGCGCGGCGGCUGCAGCUGCAGUUGCAGCCCAUGGCUUUUCGCCCUUCGCGAGUCAGUUCAUUACGGGUGCAUCCAACCCUCAGUCGGUUUUCAAUUAUAACCAUUGCCAAAACUACCGGGACGAGAACAGUUCGAAUUCGAUAGAGUUCAAUCAAUCGGUGAAAUACAUGCGACAGAACAGUUCCAGCCCCGCGAAUCAGUACACAGGAGCUAGUAACAGCCCCGUCCUAGAAACCCCCAGUGACUAUCAACCUUUCAAGCCUAACAAGGACAGUGGUAAUUAUCAUAGUAGUUGCAUAAAUAAUAACACUAUCGAGCGAAACAACACAGACUCCUCCGGACCCAUAAACCACCGUCUCGAGGACUCGGCGACAAUAACGUCCUGCCUUCAGUCGGAAAGUCCUGAAUUGAACAAUCACCGUUAUGAGAACAAUAACAGUCCUGUAGACAGUGCCCAAUCAUAUCCUGUGAGUCAGAAAAGUAGUGAGGAUACAGGUGGACAGAGUCCACCUCCCGGUGGCGACAGCUUGGAUACACGUAGUCCUGAGAAUUUGUCGAGUAAGCGUUUUAGCGAUUAUCCUUCGCCGAAAAUCGCUGUACCCGAAAUGUUGGAACAUAAAUUGCCAUUGAGCUUCCUUGGGCCACCACUAGCCGCCCUACACUCCAUGACAGAAAUGAAAUCGCCUGGCGGUCCACCACGUCUCAAUGAACAUGGACCGUUGGGGGGUGGAAGUGCGGGUGUAGGCGGGGGAAUUGGUGCAGGAUUGGGUGCAACACAAACAUCAACACAGAAUUCACAUGGUACGGCCAAUCCGCAUGGUAUUGAUACGAUAUUGUCACGACCGCCACCUGUAACGUCGAAUGGGCUCAAUGCUCUGGCUGGAGGUGGUAUGCCGCGAUUUUCGAUAGCAGCCGCAGCAGCCGGAAUGGCACAAUACCUGUCACAAAGUCAAGGAGGUCCUUUAAAAGCACACUCCGGACACAUAGUUGAUAGAUCACAUUUAUAUUGGCCUGGUUUACAGGGUCUAGUAGCAAAUCCAAUAGCAUGGCGAGACAGGAUAACUAGUUCAAUGUCAGCAAGCUUAUCACAAGCGCAUCACAACGCGGAAAAGGACGGGAAGAAGAAACACACACGACCGACAUUUAGUGGACAACAAAUAUUCGCUUUAGAAAAAACAUUCGAACAAACGAAAUACUUGGCCGGUCCUGAACGAGCCAAAUUAGCAUAUGCCUUAGGAAUGACAGAGUCACAAGUGAAGGUUUGGUUUCAAAACCGUCGUACGAAAUGGCGUAAAAAGCAUGCAGCCGAAAUGGCAACAGCAAAACGAAAACAGGAGGAACUUGGUGAUGGUGAUGAGGAAUGCAGUGAAGCGCUGGACAGUGAUUCAGAAAGCUUGGAUUUGGGUGAGCCAGGACGAAAACGAAGUAGACUGGAGGAUGAUAUGCGACAAUAGAAUUGGUCGUGAUCGUCAUUUGUAUAUCGGAUCGCGUAAAAUUAUCUAGAAUUAUUAAUUAUAAUGAAAAUUAAGAAAGUAAGUGAGCGAAAGAUGAAUUUUUUUCUGACUAUUUAGGAUGAUGAUAAAUGGUAACUUCCUUUUUAGUUUUAUUAAGUGAGAAGGACCUUGUGGGUUCUUCCGUGGAUGUAUGUAUGUUCCUAUGUAUGUAAUU